UGAUGAGCCUGCGUGUGUGUGUGUACAACCACCUGUUAUUUCCCUAGCAGCGGCCGUUCGGAGAAUUUUGCUCUAUACACUUAUUUUUAUUUGCUCGAAAUCUGGCAAGCAAUAUAUAUAUGUUAUUUACUUCUAUACAUAUAAAGAGAGAUUGAUCAUUUCAUAUCACGCCGAGUUUGUUACUGAUCUUCCCGUCUCUCGGCCGAAACCUCUUUUGAUUUGUCUUCGUUGGUGUCGUUCUUCUACCCCCUUCCUCCACGCAAAAAAUUUCUCCAAAGUCUAAUAUUUCUUUGUCCUACCUUCCCUGCCUUCAAAAUACGGGUCACGAGUACCAAAGAGGGGGAAUUGAGAAGGAGACGAAGAAUUCUGUAAAUACUCGGUGCUGAAGAAGGCAGGGGAAGUUGAAAAACGGGUCACAUCUUUCCCCUUUGGAAUUGUUAUUCCAUAUAUGACCAUCUUAUUCUGAAGCUUUUGCUUCCGCCGGAACUUACGCGGUUUUUCAAGGGGAGAUCGCCUUUGCUCAGCACAGGUGUUAUUUCUCUCUUCUGCCGCAUUUAUCUUCAUGAUGGUUGAAUUUAUCUACUGAAUAUCUAGCAAGUAUGAACUUCAUGAACGAUGUUAAACAGCUCUUGGUUGAAAGCGUUUUUUUGUUAUUUUGAAUUUGGAUGUAGAAAGUUAUGGCAAACCUUGGAACUCUUGGACGCAGUGUUUUUAAAAGGACGUCAAAUGAGAGUAUGAGGCUUCUUGUAACAACAAUAAUAGCAUUUAUGGUCGGCCUUUUUGUUGGAGUAACAUUUCCUGUAGCGAACCUAACUAAGCUUAAUUUUCCUUCUAGCAUUAUCUCGUACAUUGAAGGCAAGGAUUCAGGCGUCACAACUGAAUCCUGGCUGAACCAUGCUUGGACAUCUGAAUUUGAAAAUAAAUUGAAUGGAAGCACAAAGAUUUAUAUUCCUUCAAAUCCUAAAGGGUCAGAAAGACUUGCACCAGGGAUUAUUGUACCAGAAUCGGAUUUUUAUCUUCGUAGAUUGUGGGGUAAUCCAAGUGAGGAUCUAAAAAUACAGCAGAAGUAUCUUGUAACGUUUACAGUUGGAUAUGAUCAAAAGUAUAAUAUUGAUGCGGCAGUGAAAAAGUUCUCUGAAAAUUUCACCAUCAUGUUGUUUCAUUAUGAUGGUCGGACUACUGAAUGGGAUGAAUUUGAAUGGUCAAAACAAGCAAUUCAUGUAAGCGCAAGGAAGCAAACCAAAUGGUGGUAUGCCAAACGUUUUUUGCACCCUGACAUAGUUGCUCGUUAUGAAUACAUCUUUAUCUGGGAUGAAGAUCUAGGGGUGGAGCAUUUUAAUGCCGAGGAGUACAUAAAGCUGGUGAUGAAGCAUGGUUUGGAGAUUUCACAACCUGGCUUGGAGCCAAACAAAGGCUUAACCUGGCAAAUGACCAAAAGAAGAAGUGACGGUGAAGUCCACAAACAAACGGAAGAGAAGCCUGGCUGGUGCAGUAAUCCCCAGCUGCCUCCAUGUGCUGCAUUUGUAGAGAUAAUGGCACCAGUGUUCUCACGUAAUGCAUGGAGAUGCGUAUGGUAUAUGAUUCAGAAUGAUUUGAUUCACGGAUGGGGCCUUGAUUUUGCGCUGAGAAAAUGUGUGGAGCCCGCACAUGAAAAAAUUGGUGUUGUGGAUUCUCAAUGGAUUGAUCAUAAAGUGGUUCCUUCACUCGGGAAUCAGGGCCAGGCGGAAGAUGGGAAAGCUCCAUGGCAAGGGGUGAGAGAGCGGUGCCAUAAAGAGUGGAGUAUGUUUCAAACUCGAUUAGCAGAAGCAGAGAAAGCUUAUUACAAAAAGGUGGCCAGCAUACCGACAAAUGAUAUUCAUUCUUAGAUUGAUAGUGAUAGAUUAGUAAUAAAAUCAGGAGGGUAUUUAGAUAUGCCCCACUAUCAUGCCCUCCCUGUUUUCUUUUAAUAGUUUAAGCAGUGAUGGAAACGCAGCGCAAAUGUGCAUUAUUUAGGUGUGUAUACGCUCUCUGAUUACUAGCAAUUUAUAUUAUUUUUGGGUUCGUUUUUAA